AUGUCCACCAGCCUCAAUGACUCCGUCCCUGGGACGGUCCACCUCAUCGACCUUGAUCAUAGCAUGCACACCAAACAUGCUGGGACGGGAGAAAUUGUGCUGGUACCAACACCCUCUAACGACCCCGAGGAUCCUUUGAAUUGGGCGCCGCGUCGAAAACUGCUGUCGACCAUCUGUGUCAAUUUGUACACGUUUUCGGUAGGCUUGAUCGCCUCAGUCAUCGUCUCUGUCUUGGUUCCCCUCUCUGAGGAGACCGGUGUAUCUGUAGCCAAUCUCAACGCUGGUAGCGGAUAUGUGUUCCUCCUGUGCGGAUGGGGGCUCCUCUUCUGGCAGCCUUUUGCUUUGCGUUACGGAAAGAGAUUGACCUACUUGAUAUCCAUUGUUGGCACAAUAGCUUGUCUGGCUUGGGCCCCAUACUGCCGCGGUAACGGGCAGUGGAUUGGAAAGUCCAUUGUCUCAGGCAUUCUUGCCGCUCCUAUCGAAGCUCUCCCAGAAGUCUCCGUUACUGAUGUAUACUUCACCCAUGAGCGUGGAACAUAUAUGGGUUGGUAUUCUCUGUCCCUUGCAGGAAGUGCAUACUUUGCACCUGUUGUUUGUGGAUUCAUAGCCGACUACGCGGGAUGGAAAUGGGUGUUCUACGUUCCAGCCAUAUUCACUGCAUGUGUGACAGUGUUCCUGUUCUUCUUCAUGGAAGAGACCAACUACCACCGACCUCACAUUGGCAUAGUCGAGACUUCCCAAUCCAUCAUGCCCGAAGAGACGAACGAGAAGGUGGGGAACACUGCGACUACCACUCCGGCCGCACCCACAGAGCCAUACCACAAAAAGACAUUUUUGCAGAAGUUGUCCCUGUGGCAGCCAAUACCAGGCGAAAAUCCAGUUACCAAAUCGGUUCGGAUCCUCAAAUAUCUUAGCUGGCCUGUCAUCUUUUACGCUGGAUUCUCCUACGGCAGCUAUCUGAUCUGGUUCAAUGUGUUGAAUGCAACUGCCUCGAUCAUCUUGGGAGGUGCGCCAUACAACUUCAGCGCAUCAAUGGUUGGCUUGAGUUACUUGUCCUGCUGCAUCGGAGUCAUCGCGGCGACUUAUUUCACUGGUCGAUUCAGCGACUGGCUGCAAAUUAGGCUUGCUCGAAAGAAUAACGGAAUCAUGGAAGCAGAACAUCGACUCUAUCCAUUCGUGGUGACCACCGCCAUUGUACCUUGUGCUUUGAUCCUGUGGGGCGUUGGUGCUGCCCAUAAUAUCCACUGGUUCGGUUUGAUUGUCGCCAUGUGCUUUUUGGCAUUCACCAGCACUUCCGGCAUUACGCUCAGCGUCAACUACCUUGUUGACAGCUACCAUGGUAUUUCCGGAGACGCCAUGGCAACGGCAAUCAUUGUCCGAAACACCAUGGCAUUCGCCAUAGGAUAUGGCAUCACACCGUGGAUCGAGAACCUAGGCUAUCAAAAUUGCUUUAUCUCUGCCGCGUUUGUCGGACUGGUGACAUGCCUUGCGUUUGUGGUCAUGCUCGUGUGGGGGAAGAAGUUCAGAGUGCGAAGCACAAGAGCCUAUUGGGAGCUUGCUGAAAGAGAGACCAGAAAAGCUUAGAGCGCACAAGAUCUCUCUCAUUCGAAUGGGACAGGACAUGUACAUGGCUUAUCCAAGACAAGCAAAGCCUUUAUGUUGUGUAAUGUUUUUAUGUUGUGUAAUGUGAAGAAGCAUAUCUCAAGAGGCGAUGUGUGUGGAUACAUGGGUUGUCCUUAGUCAAUGCUACAGAUUCCUGCCUGCCCGGCGAACCUCAGAGCUCUCGAGACUACCAUAUUCCAAAUUGAAGCACAUCCUUCACUGGAUGCUGGUGAGCGCCACAUGUUUGGCCCACUUCAUUAUGGUUUCCGUCAAGAAAGCGCUCAGUCUUACUGCUAAGGUCUUUGAGAUCAUGCCCGUCGUUACUGUCAUGCCGACUCAGUUGCGUCUGUGCUGCCUCGAUCAUUGAAUCUAUCCGAGCGCAUGGUGAACGCCUUGCUCGUGCUGUUCUUUCUUGAUUCGGCGCCUCUCCGCGGUGUACU